CCCUUUUGGCUUUUUCCUCAGCUGGGAGACGCUCGCUUGCAAGUCCUCCAUGAUGCUCGGAGCAGUUAAAAUGGAAGGACACGAACACACCGACUGGAGCACCUACUACGCAGAGCCCGAGUGUUACACCUCCGUUGGCAACAUGAACGCCGGCCUGGGCAUGAACACGAUGAACACCUACAUGAGCAUGUCCGGGAUGAGCACUUCGGCCAACAUGUCGGCCAACUCCAUGAACAUGUCCUACGUCAACACCGGCAUGAGCCCCAGCAUGACCGGGAUGUCCCCGGCGGGCGCCGGCCCCAUGAACGGCAUGGGAGCCGCCGGCAUGACGGCAAUGAGCGCGGCCCUGAGCCCCAGCAUCAGCCCCAUGACCGGGCAGCCGGCCUCCAUGAACGCGCUGACAUCCUACAGCAACAUGAACACCAUGAGUCCCAUCUACGGGCAAUCCAACAUUAACCGCUCCAGAGACCCCAAAACCUACCGCAGGAGCUACACGCACGCCAAGCCGCCUUACUCCUACAUCUCACUCAUCACCAUGGCCAUCCAGCAGUCGCCCAGUAAGAUGCUGACGCUGGCCGAGAUCUACCAGUGGAUCAUGGACCUCUUCCCCUUUUACCGGCAGAACCAGCAGCGUUGGCAGAACUCCAUCCGCCACUCGCUGUCCUUCAACGACUGCUUCCUUAAAGUGCCCCGGUCGCCGGACAAGCCCGGCAAAGGCUCCUUUUGGACUCUCCACCCGGACUCGGGGAACAUGUUCGAGAACGGCUGCUACCUGCGCCGCCAGAAGCGCUUCAAGUGCGACAAGAAGAUGUCCGGGGCCAAAGAGUCCGGACGCGGCAAGGGGGGCGCAGGUGGCGACGGUUCGUCGAACAGCAGCUCGGAGAGCUGCAACGGCAACGAGUCGCCGCACUCCAACUCGUCGGCGGGCGAGCACAAGCGGGCCAUGUCGGACAUGAAGGCGAGCCAGGCUCUGAGCCCGGAGCACGCCGCCUCCGUCGCCGCCGCCGCGGCCGCCGCGGCCGCCGCCGCCGCUGCCGCCGCCAUCUCGUCCCCGGUGGGACAGGGCCAGCACCUCCUCUCCCAGCACCACUCUGUCCUGCAGCAGGCCCACGACGUGCACCUCAAGCCUGAGCACCACUACUCCUUCAACCACCCGUUCUCCAUCAACAACCUCAUGUCCUCGGAGCAGCAGCACCACCACCAUCAUCACCACCACAAAAUGGACCUCAAGACUUACGAGCAGGUCAUGCAUUACUCGGGCUACGGCUCUCCCAUGACCAGCGCCCUCUCCAUGGGCUCCAUGGCGGGGAAGGCUGGCCUGGAGUCCUCCUCCAUACCUGACUCCUCUUACUACCAAGGAGUUUAUUCCAGGCCCAUCAUGAACUCCUCAUAAACGGACUUCGAUCUCAACGUGUACAUUUGUAACAUAAAUAAAUGAAUAAAAUGGAAAAAUAUAAAAUUUGUGUUCAAUAAGUAUUUCAAAUAUUUUCCUCCCAUCGUUUGAGUUGACGAGUUUGUUAGUAGCCCUUUCAUUGUUCAUAAUCCGUGAGGCUGACUGAUAAUGUGACCUGUUCUGAUGUCUGCUGCAGGAUUGAACUCCAAAGAAAACAAAACAUUAAACAAACAAAAACAAAGAGAGGGGAAAAAAGACCUGUAAAAUAAACCACAUUUGCUUAUUUGGACUCCAGGACUGAAUUUCAAAACCUUAUGGAUUUCAUCAAUCAUUUGUGUAAUUGCUAUUUAUGACUUGUAUAUGUGUAUUCUUGUAGUGAC